AUGGGUUCCAAGGCAUUUUUUGUUUCUUGGCAUUUUUUGGUUAUUUUUGCAAUAAUAAGCUCUGAGGUUGUAGCUAGGGAACUGGCUGAGACCUCAAUGAAAUCGGAUGUUGUAUACGAAAAUGGAUAUAAUGACAUUGACGGAUAUUCCAGAGAUGAACAUGAUGCAUAUAACAAUGGAUAUAAAUAUUUUGGUGGCGGAUAUUAUCCUCCACGUGGUGGAAAUAAUUUCUCAGGUAGUGAAUAUAAACCCCCACAUGACGAUUAUAACAACAGAUAUAAAUCUCUUGGUGGUGCAUAUAACAAUGGAUACAACCCUUCCAAGUGGCGAAUACACCCCCCUACAUGA